AUGAACAAAGACUCGUCCUUCACGUACGUGCACAUGUCCAACGCCUCCGACGCGGACCUCUUUGAGGACUUCUGCAAGGACAAGCUGCCGGCGGACGACAUCUUUGUGCCGCUGCAGCACCAGCCGCUGAACCCGGAGGACGAGGACGACGUGGUGCCCGAUCAGCAUGCCGCGUUUGGGAUCACGCGCGCGACGAGGGAGGUGAGGGGGGCGGCGUGGAAGGAUCUGGGCCUGGGGGAGCUGAUGACGAAGGGACCGCCCAAGGGCGCGAGUGCCAACGGCAUGCCAAGAUAG